GCGGCGCGAAGGAGGGACCACGCAAAGAAAUCAGCCUACAAGUCUUAACUUGGGCUGCUGCUGAGACAGUCUUGACAGCUCUUGAUGUUCUCUGCUCACCAGCAGACGUAUUCACAACAACUGAACUUGAAGGAUCAAAGAAAGCGGUGGGAAUUUGAAGUCGCAAAGACGUUUUGGAUUUUUCCUGCGCCGCGUCCCUUGAUGCCUACCUGUACAAUUUAUGCGCGAGUGAGGAACUCUCCGCGCUUUCCUUGAGAGGCAUGACAUCAAGCUUUUCACCUUUUUCUAUCAAAGACAUCCUCAACAGGCGUUACGCCCGGGGAAAGUCUGGCUGCACCGAUGCAGAAGAACUGCGCACUGCGGAUGCCAGUUGCAUCCUUCCGGAAAGACUAACACCUCAUCCAGGGGCGUCUCCAGGAAGCCGACCCCUUACCUGCAAGGAGGAACCCUUUGAGACUGAGGUCAAACAAGAGUUUUCUGAGAAGACGGACGAGCAUUUCCAAACCCAGACGCGCGCAGAGGAGGAGGGCCACCUCCAGCGCGGGGAGGCAUGCUGCUGUCCCCAGGAGAACCGCCAGCAGCGCAGGCCGGGAACGAAGAAGCGCUCCAGAGCGGCCUUCUCUCACACACAAGUCCACGAACUGGAGCGCCGCUUCAGCGCACAGAGGUACCUCUCAGGCCCAGAAAGGGCAGAUCUGGCGGAGGCCCUGAAGCUCACAGAAACGCAGGUAAAGAUCUGGUUUCAGAACCGGAGGUAUAAGACUAAACGGCGCCAGGUCGCAGCUGAAGUGGCGGCACUGAACCCAAAGACCGUGUCCGUUAAAGUCCUGGUGAGAGACGAGGAGAAGCAGCACCAGCGGGGCGCUGCGGUGCACCUCCCCAUGAACGCGCCUCUGUACCAGGAAUACCAGUACUACCCCUACCUGCACUACUACUACCAGCCUUGGAGUAUGGGCAGCAUGCCGUGUGGAGUGAUGCUAUGAGGUCUGCUACACACUGUGAACUCUGCUUCCUGUCAUCAGUUUUGAAACCUCUUUUUAUGAUUCUGUAUAUCUGUCCAACAGAAGCCUUGAUGCAUUGGUUCAGAACACCUUUAAGCUUUUUUUUUAACUUUACUUUUUAAAUUUAGAUAUUGGGAUUUCAUUAAAAGGCAUAAUUAUGUUAGCAAAAAGAGAAUCCAACAGCAUUUGUUAUAUGAGACUUAUUCAAGAGUCUUGUCAAUGCAUUUAAUUAGUACUAUUUUUAAGAUCUUUAAUAAAAUAAUUACUUGCUUUACUCAUCUUAUUUUUCUCCAACUUUUUUUUAAGUCAAAUACUUUUGGAAAUAUUUUUAUUCAGUUCAAAAGGCUGGAAAAAUCAAUUUGAUUAUAAUCUUCCUUUUUGGAUUUUUUGUUAUGACAAAAUUCUAUUUUUUCUUCAAAGUCAGAAAAUCAAACUGGCUUUUUUGAAUUUGGUGAAAUCAACCAGACACUGCUUAAACAUAUUAGCAUCUUUAGAAGUGACUGUAUCUCUCAGAAAGUUUUUUUUUCUUCCUAAUGGAACCUGUGGAGCUUAUUUAGAUUUGUAUGGCUUCACAAUCCACUUCAGAACUAAGGUCCGGACUGUGGCUCUUCUUUAUUUUGUGCCUGUCCAAGCUUUAACUUAAAUAUUCAAAGAAUUUAUCAACCAUCUACAAGAUUUUAUUGAGUAAGUAGAUUAUGAACAAAUCUUAAACUUUUGCAAACUAAUUCAGGAAAUAAAGUUUCUUAAAUUUUAAAGGUACUAGUCAUUUUUACUUUAGAGACACUUUGUUGGUGAUUAAACUAAUUAUUUUAUCCUUGAUUGAGUUUCUCUUUUGAGAAGUCGUGGGUUUAGCCCUAAUCUUUUUAGCCAAAGUUGAUUUGGGGAAACAAGGAUAAUGUACAAACACCUCAAUAUGUCAAAUGUGAAUGUGUAGAGGGUUUUUGUGAAGAUUGGAUUGUGUUGUGUGGUUGUGCUGCAUGUGUCAGAGAGGGUCAAUAGACCGUGGAGUUGUUUCACCAUCCAGCUUUCCUGCACACGGAAGACUGCGCACAUUCAUCAAGCUUUACUCAGAAGACUACACCCCUAUGUUGAAAGCAUAAACACAACUGACACACUUGAAAUAAAAACAUAAUUCAUACACAAA